CCUUCAAGCCUGUCAUACUCCCUCAAGCGUCAAGAUGGCCUUUGCGAAAGGCCGACGUUUCGAUCCGCAGCAACUAUCCGACGUUCCAGGACCUGGACACUACAACCUCGAUCAAGAAUCUCAGCUAACCAACUAUAAACGCGGUGCAUUUCUUGAGAAAGCCGAACGUUUCAUAGAGAAUGCUCCAUCCGAUGUCCCAGGGCCUGGCACUUAUGGCAACAACAGAUCGGAAGCACAGCCAAACGCUAUCAGGCACGGGAAAACAUCAGAUGAACGUUACGCUAUUCUUCAACGCCGGGUGGAGGAGUUGGAGAGGAUACACAAGGAGGGCAAGAGAGCAAGCCAAGCGGAAAUUGACCGACUCAAGUCCGAUCUCUCCCAUUGCCAGAAGAUCAACCAAGAACAUGCUGAACGUCUCGACAAACAGAAGAAGCAGAACACUCUUCUUGAGGGUCGAGUGCAGGAGCUCAAGAAAACAUCGUCGGCAGACCAAUCCGAACUCAAAGAUCUCAAGCUGAAACUGAAGAAGUCGGAGACGGAGCGUAAUCAGCUGGUGGCAAAGCAGAAUGACCUCGGAGAGACGAAGAAAGCGGUGCAAACUCUGGACGCAAAACGGCGAGACGAGUUGAAGGAGAAAGAUCGUGAACUUGAUGAGCUGCGGAAAUUGGUGGAAGGAGAGAAGAAGAAACGGGAGCUGGCAGAAGCCCAAUUGGAUUCGAACCGAGAGAAAGGUGAUAUCGAGCUGCGUCAGGUCCAAAGCCAUGCACAGACUGUACAGAGACAGCUUGAAGAGGCCCAACAACAUGUUGCCGAUGCAGCAGACGGAUCUGCGGACCUGCUGAACCAGGUAGAGGAACAUCGAAGGCUACUUGCGCUAGCUGCACAAGACUAUCGUCGUCUACUGGACACCACCGUAUCGGCCAUCGCUCAUGUCAAGCUCAAACACGAUCAUGAAGUUCUUCACAUUCGAGCUCUUCGUUUAGAGCGCAAGCUCGCGAAUUCUGACGGCCAAGUCGCCGAGCUUGCCCACUUGAUCCGACAGAGCCAAGAGCGCAUUCAGCUGCUCAGGCAGCGGCGACGAUCGAUUGGGAGCCCGCCAUCUAUCGAAGAUUUUUCUCAAAUCGCGGCACUGGUUGAGGUGGACCUGGCUCGAUCUGAGGUGGAGCGCCUGCAAAUCGAGCUGGCCACUCUGGAGUCUCUGACUACACUCGACCGGCUGCAGCGCGAGAAUGUGACAACAGCGUAUCUGGAUGUCUACGCAGAACAACUGUGGCUACGAGUCCAACUGUCAGAGCUGGGCAAUCGACAAAUGGCUUUCGAGACAGAAAAGAACAUACUCCAGGAAGAAAGGGAUUCUUUAUCCGAGCAGUUCGAGGCCCUCAAGACAGAAGUUUCCGCAAUCGAGACAGAAAAGACGGUACUCGAACAGCAGAUGAGGGUCUACGAACAGCGCUCUCUGGCGGACAAGAAGGCGAUGCAGCAGUUGACCGAGACUUUCAGACGAAAUCGCAUGACUGAGGAGGGUCUGCGCGCCGAGAUUGACACAAUGGCUGGCGAGCUGGCAGAAAGCGAACAAUUCCAGCAAGCGUACUACAAGCUUUCGGAGGAGAUCCAGUCUCUCGUCGCACGAAAUGAGUUGGCAGAAGGCGAAGCGGAACGGCUCAGCAAAUUCAAUGCUGAGAUUCUUGGCCACAAUAAUCCGGCUCAGAGAAUUGUUUAUCUUGACCGGAUACGACGAGAAUUGGCCGAGACAAAACAGAAACUGGUUUCGACUGUGGUCGAGUUGGAGUCCGCCAAGACACACACAGUGGAGCUUACUAAUGAGCUGGAGAUGUACAAAUCAGUGACUGCGCCUGUAGAAGGCAAGCCGCGAACAACGAUCACUCGGGUCGGCCGUCCACCGCUGGCCUCACUAAACCAGAUAUCAUGA